CAUGCCGGGGAUGGACACAUAGGAUAACAUGCCGGGGAUGGACACACAUAGGAUAACACGCCGGGGAUGGACACAUAGGAUAACACGCCGGGGAUGGACACAUAGGAUAACACGCCGGGGAUGGACACAUAGGAUAACACGCCGGGGAUGGACACAUAGGAUAACACGCCGGGGAUGGACACAUAGGAUAACAUGCCGGGGAUGGACACAUAGGAUAACAUGCCGGGGAUGGACACAUAGGAUAACAUGCCGGGGAUGGACACAUAGGAUAACAUGCCGGGGAUGGACACAUAGGAUAACA